CAGGAAGUAAUACGCUGCAUGCAAUGGCUGGUAUUCAAUGUACGACUCCAAAAAUAAAAAACUUAUUUUCGUCUGUAAUCCCGAGGGUUCAAAAAAUACCAGCAAGUAUAGAAGUUGGAAAAUUUGGCCGUAUCGAUGUGUUACCUUUUCAAAAAGUUAAUCCAGGAAUAGCUUCCGUAAAGAUAGAAAAUUUGCAAGAUCUCAACCCGUUGACUAAUGAUAUUGAAGUAAAUACCGUUGAGUGCUCGUGGUUUUAUGGAAAAUGGCAACAUGGUGAUAAAAUGCCAGGAUGGAAUGGAUAUUGUGAAUUGCUAACCCGAAAUUAUAAGCCAUUUGAACUUGCACAAAUUAUGUAUUUGCCGAUCAUCGAUGCUCCUCCAAGCGACUAUGACACGAUCUACACCUCUCUGAAAGUAGCCGUUGAAAAAUCCGCUGCAGCUGGAUAGGAUUUCUGUAUAGUUACUUUCGACUUGCCACUAUUCGUCAAAGCCAGAGAUAUAGUUGCUCCUUGCAGCGAAAUUUGUGGUGUGAAAAGCGUUAUAGUGAGACUCGGUGGGUUUCACCUAGCUAUGUCGUUCCUUGGUUGUAUCGGAUAUAUAAUGGCGGGCAGUGGUAUUGAAGAUAUAUGUAGCUUGGUUUAUGCCAAAGGGUCUGUAGACAAAAUGCUAUCUGGAAAAGCUUCCGCUCGAGCAAUAAGAUGUCACUCGUUAAUUCGAUUAGCAUUAGCU